UUGCCAGCUACCUAAAUCACAUACCAGGAAACAAACAUAGCUAAAGUCAAUAUUAGCUGUUGUAUCUGCUACAGCUUUGCACCAGGCUUAGUAGGAAAACCUCUGACAGCAGCAAGAGCAAGUCCAUGAUGGCUUCUGAAACCUGAGAGUCAUGUCUGUUCUGUCUGGAGUAAUUGCAGGAGUACACUAGCUACAGCUGUCUUUUUGUAUUAAUGGCUUAUAGAAAGCAUGAAGAUUGCUUUGUCUUUUUUUCUCCCAAUUGGAAAUUCAGCAGACUGUGUUCCUUUAUAGGGAAGAAAGCUGAUGGUAAAUUACCAUUGUUAAUGGUUGAUCGAUAGUGAAGAAACCUGCUUGAGGCUGCUUCUCUUCAGCAGGUAUUUAGUUUCUUUGAGGGAGCUUUACAAGAGUAUUUGUAUCUAAGAAAAUGUGUGGGGGUACACCAAAAACUGCAAAUGGCACUGGGGGACAAAUAGAAAGAGCAAGAAACAACAAUGAUGCACUACUUGGAAAUAAUCUCUCUUAUACAAAAUUGGAUGAAAGAAUUAGAAAGUCUUUGAGAGAUGAAAGUGUCAGCUGUGCGAACAAAGUGACUAGACUGCUGCAAAACAGCUGGUCCUCUUCGGAGUUUGACUUGAAUGAAAUCCGCCUGAUAGUUUACCAAGACUGUGAGAGGAGGGGCAGACAGGUCUUAUUUGAUUCCAAAGCAGUCCGCAAAAUUGAUGAAGCUGUGGUUCAGAAAAUGGCAGACGAAGCUUCUAUAAAGACUUCUGCCAAGAACUGCCAAGCAAGCAAUGGGAACAACAAUGUUUCUUCCCAUAGUCCCUCUAUAAACUGUAUGCAGAAUAUCAAAGAACAGAUACCGAAGUAUCAGUACACCAGACCAGCCUCCGAUGUCAAUAUGCUGGGAGAAAUGAUGUUUGGCUCAGUGGCAAUGAGUUACAAAGGUUCCACCUUGAAAAUUCACUACAUACGCUCUCCCCCACAGCUGAUGAUAAGUAAAGUCUUCUCAGCCAGGGUAGGAAGCUUCAGUGGAAGCAACAAUAACUUGCAAGAUAGCUUUGAAUACAUCAACCAAGAUCCCAGCCUGGGGAAGCUGAGCUCCAAUCAGAAUGGUUUGGGAACCUGUCGCAGUGGAAGUAAUUUAGGUGUGUUACAGCUGUAUAGCAGCAAACUGCUGCAGGGUGUGUCUGAAGGAGGUCCCCUCCGGCUCAUCCGCAGUGCUUCUUUCUUUGCAGCACACAGCACACCCGUUGAUAUGCCUAGCAGAGGACAAAAUGAGGACAGAGACAGUGGCAUUGCUCGGUCAGCAUCUCUGAGCAGUCUUCUGGUUACUCCUUUUCCAUCUCCAAGCUCUUCAUCAUCAUCCUCUAGCAGCUACCAACGUCGUUGGCUCCGAAGUCAGACAACCAGUUUAGAGAAUGGAAUUAUUCCAAGGUGGUCCACUGAAGAAAUGUUUAGUAUGGCUGAUGAAAACUGCAGCUCCAAUCCUGCAAUGGUUCGGAGGAAAAAAAUUGCAAUCAGCAUAAUCUUUUCUCUGCCUGAAAAAGAAGAAGCACAGAGAAACUUCCAGGAUUUCUUUUUCUCUCACUUUCCUCUUUUUGAGUCUCACAUGAACAAGCUGAAAUAUGCAAUAGAAAAGGCCAUGAUCUCAUGUAGAAAAAUAGCAGAAUCCAGCCAGAGAGUGCAGGUUUAUAUCAGCCGUGUCAUGGAUGCCCUGGGAGAAUUCAGAGUUACCAUCUGGAACCUAUAUUCUGUUCCAAGGAUUACAGAGCCUGUAUGGCUUAAUAUGAUGUCCAGCACCCUGGAAAAGAAUCAGCUAUGCCAGCGUUUUCUUAAAGAAUUUACAUUUCUGAUAGAACAGAUCAACAAAAAUCAGUUCUUUGCUGCUUUGUUGACCGCAGUGCUGACAUAUCACCUGGCUUGGGUCCCAACAGUGAUGCCAGUUGACCAUCCUCCCAUAAAGGCUUUCUCUGAGAAGCGCUCAUCCCAGUCUGUGAACAUGCUGGCCAAAUCCCACCCAUAUAACCCCCUCUGGGCACAGCUGGGUGAUCUCUAUGGUGCCAUAGGCUCUCCAGUUAGAUUGACUCGAACUAUUAUUGUUGGAAAGCGCAAGGAGUUGGUGCAGCGCUUGCUCUAUGUUCUAACUUACUUCAUCCGGUGCUCUGAGCUGCAGGAAAAUCAGCUGACAUGGAGUGAGAAGGCUGGGGAAGGAGAGCAGGUGCUAAAUGGAAGCAAGAUCACAACUGCAUUAGAAAAGGGAGAGGUAGAGGAAUCUGAUUAUGUGGUUGUCACUGUUAAAAACGAACCUGCUCUUGUGCCUCCAAUCCUACCUCCAAAGAAUGACGGAAGUAAGAACAGCAGUACUUCAGAGUGGGUGCAUGAACCAGAAAGCACUCAGGCUGUCCCAGUCUCUUCAAAAGAAAAGAGGGAAGCAAUAGGGAAGGCCAGUCAGACCUCUGAAACAUCUGUUGACUGUCUAACUAGCAGUUUCUGUAAAGGAGCCGCUGAUGGUAGGAAAAGAACUGUCACUGAUACAGGAAUCAUAUCCUACCACUCUGAAGAAUCAUCUAAAUUAGGGGAUGUAAUGGAUGUAAAGAAGAACAAGAACCAGAAUGAGAGAAAAGUGGAAAAGCAGUUUUCUAGUAGGUCAUCUGCCCUACCUUGUCCAGAAAGGUCUGGCCACAGGAGUUCACAUUUAGAAAAGGUCACUUUUCAGAUUGGAAGUUCAGCAUCACCAGAGUCAGACUUAGAAACUCAUAGAAGAGAAAUGGAAGAAAAUCUGAAGGCAUUAAUUAAAAAUCCAGAGGUGAUACAUUGUGCCUCAAGUUCCACAAAUCUGACUGUGGAUGCUUCUCAGAAUCAAGAAGUCGGUUGUGAAGCUGCCUUUAUACCCAUCAGUAAACAUAACGUUUGUUAUGCACAAAUCCCAUUGUGUGAGGAAAAGGAAAGUAUACUUAACCAACAUACGGAAAGUAAAGGAACUGAAGUGAAUUUAAUUAACUCAAUAUCCAGUGAACUGCUUUUACCCACAGAUAACAUGGAAACUGUAAAAUUGCCAAACAUGAAAGAAAAUAGAACUUUAUGCUCUGGCAAUCUGGAGAACUAUUCUUCUGACUGCAUGGAAGCAGAUUCUGCUGUCAAACAGGAUUCCCCUAAAGCAGGUGCUAAAUAUGUCCCCUAUGGGGAUUCUGGAAGGAAAACCUCCUUCAGAGUUGAAGGAGACAUUCCAAGGAACGAGAGUUCAGACAGUGCUCUUGGAGCUAGUGAUGAGGAAGGCGAUUGUUGUAUUCCUGAUGAAGUCCAUCAUGAUAACAUCAGCAAACGACUUGAAGAAUUUGCAGAAGUGGAACUUCCUUUGCCAAGGUCAAAUACCAUCAGCAGUCAAUGUGUGAAAAACUUUGGAAGAUCACUUCUGGGUGGUUACUGUCAUACGUAUAUACCUGAUCUAGUGCUGCAUGGAAUAAAUAACGAUGAAAAACUCAAGCAGUGUCUACUAGCAGAUCUACUUCAUGCAAUGCAUCAUCCAGUGCUAGAUGAGCCCAUAGCAGAAGCUGUCUGCAUUAUUGCAGACACAGAUAAAUGGAAUGUACAAGUAGCUACAAGCCAGAGAAAGAUGAUGGACAGUGUGAAGUUAGGCAAGGAUGUUCUGGUUUCAAGUCAAGUAUCCAGUCUGUUGCAGUCUAUUUUACAGCUUUAUAAGCUCAAUGUCCCAGCUGACUUUUGCAUAAUGCAUCUUGAGGAUAGACUGCAAGAGAUGUAUCUCAAAAGCAAAAUGCUUUCAGAAUAUCUGCGAGGACAUACAAGAGUGCAUGUAAAAGAACUAGGAAUUGUAUUGGGGAUUGAAUCCAAUGACUUGCCUUUGUUGGCUGCUAUAGCAAGUACUCAUUCCCCAUAUGUUGCUCAAAUACUCUUAUAAAUUAAAUUCUCAGGAUAGUCAUUCCCUUAAAGUACCAUUAUGAAAAUGGGAACGUUGAAUGAAGAACAGAGGUGCCAAACACUGGUACAGGGGAGCACUGAUGAAAGCAGGUGAUGACUGUACAUUCUACCAUCUUCUGAUUCUGAUUUCAACCGGAAGUUUUAUCGGAGGACUUCAGUUUACAUAACACAAAAAGCAUUCAGGUUUUUCUUACAAUCUCACUUCUGACUUAAAUCAAGAGACUGCAUCCUUGCAUUUUAUUUUUAUUCAAAGGACAAAAGUUAACACUAUGUGGUAGACUGGGUGCUGCCAUCCAAAACGCUGCUCAAAACCAUGAAGUACCAGUUAAAAGAACAAGUGGGUUAGAAUGGGUUUCGUAAUACUAUGCUUCUGAGUGUGGUGUAUGUUUCUUUGCUGGGGAGGAGGAGGAGCUGUAAACUCUGUACAUAGCAUUCCUAUACAGAAGUGUAUGAGGUGAGACAUGAUUUUCUUGUAGAGCAUACUCAUGUUUUUGUACAGUAGAAGUGGUGGGCUCAGCACAAGGAACCUGGAUUCAGCAGCCAAAUGUCAUGUGGGAAUGGAGGUGUGCAUGAGGUUGAUGUGACUUUUUCGUCUAAGGACAAGAGGUUGAGAGCUGUGGCUGCUUCUGUUUUAAUGAGGAGGCAUUCAAAUGAGGCCCAUGGCUACAAGUGGAAUGGAAUGGACUUCCAAGACAGGGAUUUUGUGGGAAGGCCUUAUGGAACUUCUGCUACAAGUUUACAUUUGUUGCUGAUGCAACUUCAGUAACUGUUGAUUUGCUGUAUGACUGUGGUCCUGGGAACUAAACUUGUCUUGGUGUCAUCAGGUAUUGUUAUCUCCAAGGAGUGUGAAUUUCAAAGACUUCUGAGUGAUGCCAGUACUGUGAGCACGUGUCUGUGUGCACAUACACCAAACAAUUGGCACGAACUGAAGACAAUCAUAUUGGGGAAAUACAAGACAGCAACCCCCACCAAACCUUUAGUCAAAAGUAUUACUUUUUUCCAGCUACGAGUUAUCGCUCUGAGUAGGAAUAAAAGAGGAACGUUGUUUGAAGUAAAAUGAAAUGUAGGGGGCAAACCCCAAUAUUUGAUAUUGCUCUGAAUGUUUGCAAUUACCCUUUUUGAUUCUACAGAAAUCUUGAACUAUCAUCCAGGUGCCUUUCCUUACUAGGUUAACUACUCUGACACCAGAAACUACUUCUCCACUAGUUGAUACUGGCCUUUGGUGUUUCUAGAAAGCAAAAUAAAAUUUUGUACUUCACUG